AUGUGGACUGGCAUGCUCGAAGUGGGAGCAGCUCCAGGGAGCCCUCAGCAUGCGGCCGUGGUCUUUGCUUUGAAUCAGACUCUCUUGCAGCAGGAGAGCCUCCGAGCAGGCAGUUUCCAGAUCCCCUAUACGACAGAAGACCUUAUCAAGCAUUACAACUGUGGGGACCUCAGCUCCAUCAUCUUCAACCAUGACACUUCUCAAGUUCCAAAUUUCAUUAAUGCUACACUGCCAGCCCAUGAACGCAUUACUGCCCAAGAGAUAGACAGCUACUUCCGUCAGGAGCUCAUCUACAAGCGAAAUGAGCGAAUGGGCAGGAGGGUGAAGGACCUACUGGAAAAGUACCCAGACAAGAGCUUCUUCUUUGCAUUUGGAGCUGGUCACUUCAUGGGCAACAACACUGUCGUUGAUGUUUUGAGGAGAGAAGGGUACGAGGUAGAACACACUCCAGCUGGACAAACCAUCAACAACAGAAAAGCCCCCAAAACCUUGUUAGCCUUUUCAUCAUCAACACCGGCACACAGCCCGUAUGUCGUGUCCCAGGAGCUCACACUGCCAUUGCACCCCCGGAAGGAGGAGGAGGAGGAAGAAGAGUUCCUGCCUCACCUGCUGCUCCCUGACAGCAUGGACAUGCUGGAGAAGGUAGACAGGAAGUACAAAAAGAAGAAGAAGAAGCAGCAGAAGAAGCAAAGACUGCGACAGUUUAAUGACCUCUGGGUUCGCCUUGAAGAAAGUGCUACCGACCCUCCUCCCCGGAUUCGCAUCAUUAACGGCUACAUCACGGUUGAACCCCAACCCCGGGGCCAUGGACGGUCUAGCCACGCUCAUGCAGACACCGCCAGCGCUCACCAGCUUUCCCUGUCUCUCUUCCUAUCGCUGCUGACUUUGACUUUGCAUAUGAUAAGGCUGCAUUGA